UCUGAAAAAGAUCUCCAAAAGCGAUCACUGGGUGUUCUACUGAUUUGUAAUGUCAUGAAUAAAUUGAGUAAUGGUGUUGGUGACAUUUGGAGCUUAGAAUCAAAAGUUGUAAUUAAAAAACAUAAUUAUGGGAAUCUUGUCACGCAGUCCAACUUAUGGUAGAAGAUCAGAAGAUAAUGGCAUGAAGCUUCUUGCAACUGCUUUGUUUGCUACAGCUUUUGGCAUUCUCCUUGGACUAUCAUUUCCAUCUUUAUGGAUCACUAAGGCGAAUCUACCGAAAAACCUUCUUCGUUCCAUUACUAUCUCAAAUAGACAUUCAGAUAUUGCAGCUCUUGUACAUGCCAUUGAUAUCUCAAAGAUAUGGGUUCCUUCAAAUCCUAAAGGUGCUGAGAGAUUGCCACCCGGUAUUAUUGCAUCCGAAUCAGACUUGUACUUGCGCAGGUUAUGGGGGAACCCUGAAGAGGAUUUGAAGAAGAAACCGAGAUAUCUAGUAACAUUUACAGUGGGUUAUAAACAAAGACAAAACAUAGAUGCGUGUGUUAAGAAGUUUUCAGACAACUUUACCAUUGUUCUGUUUCAUUACGAUGGAAGAACAAGUGAGUGGGAUGAUGAGUUUGAGUGGUCGAAGAAUGUAAUACACAUUAGUGUUCGGAAGCAGACAAAAUGGUGGUAUGCAAAGAGAUUCUUGCACCCUGACAUUGUAGCGCGAUACGAUUAUAUAUUCAUGUGGGAUGAAGAUCUUGGAGUCGAUCACUUUGACGCAGAAGAAUACAUACACAUGGUCAAGAAGCAUGGCCUUGAGAUUUCACAGCCUGGUUUGGACCCAGAGAAAGGGUGUACAUGGCAAAUCACUAAAAAAAGAGAGCAUGUUGAAGUCCAUAAGGAAACAGAUGAGAAACUCGAAUGGUGCUCUAAUCCUCCUCGGCCUCCAUGUGCUGCAUUUGUGGAGAUAAUGGCUCCUGUAUUCUCAAGAGAUGCAUGGCGCUGCGUGUGGCAUAUGAUUCAGAAUGAUUUGGUUCACGGUUGGGGUCUUGACUUUGCACUCAGAAGAUGUGUUGAGGAGCCUGCUUAUGAGAAGAUAGGAAUUGUAGACACUCAGUGGAUCGUUCAUCAAUUUAUACCUUCCCUUGGCAGUCAGGGAAAGGAAGAAGAUGGGAAAUCGCCAUGGCAAGGGGUGAAGGACAGAUGCCAUAUGGAAUGGAAAAUGUUCGAGAGGAGAGUGGAUGAGGCAGAGAAAGAAUAUUUUAAAUCGUUACAAGUUCAAACCCCAUCCAAUUCAACUACAUUGCACUAGGACCUACCUUACCAUUUUUUUUUGUAGUUGUGAGAUUUAAAGUGCUUCUUCUCAACAUUUACAUACAACCUUUAUAGAUACAUCUUUAAUCAGAUUCUGUUAAAUCGUAUCAAAUCACUUUUGGACACAAAAAAAAAGUGUCGAGGAGCUGAAACAGAACAUUUG